UGCCUCAUUUUCUACCAAAUUAUACAAAUAUGAUUUAUUUACAGAAUGCAGCGUUCUUUUAUCAUAUAGCUAUCUGCAUAGAAUUAGCGUCAUAGAUAAAGAACGCGUGCACGGGUAAUUGAAACCAGUUCACCAGGAAACGGUGCGAUUGUUUAGAUGCCACGACGUUGCUGAAUCUUUUCUAGUAUGACACGAAAAACGCUUGGUUCCACUGGGGCUCGAACCCAGGACCUUCUGCGCGGGAGCCGAAAAUAGUUAAGCUUAACUUCUCUUAACUUUUCCCAUUCAUUCUCUAUGGUAGUGCUUAACACUACGGAUGCAAUAUUCUUUUGGCCACACGUACACUUCAUGGCGUUGUUUCGUCUUUUCCGUGGCGGGUAAUUUAAGAAGUGUAGUGUCAUCGGAAAGAUAUUUGUUUACCGAAUUGUCAGAUCAGUAAACUGGUUUUGUACAACAAAUAUUAACUGUCUAAACUACCUUAAGACAGAUAUUACAUAUGGUGACUGCUGUUUUUAAAUAACGCGAUUAAGCUGACAAACCAAGACACAGCAGGAUGAAGGUGAAGGUGAUCUUCCCAGGCAAAAUUAAAGUGUGCUUCAGGAAAGGACCAACUGGAUAUCUGAGACAAGAUCCCUCAGAUGAAGCCAAGAGGAUCAAAGACAACCCCAAUCUCCAGGACAAAUCAGCCCCUCAGGGGGAAGACAAGGUCAAGGAAAAUGCUCGCUCUGUUGUCUUCAUGAGAGGAGGAGAUGUGUCAGACAGACAGGAGGUGCUGGGAGAGUAUGUGCUUCAGUUUGGAAAGUACAAAGGCAAGUCAUUCCGGUGGCUGCUUGAGAAUGAUGUAGGCUAUACCAUGUUCUUGACUAAGAAGGUUGAGGACGAGGAGAGAGCCGGACAGUUUAAACCAGAGGGUCCCAAGAAGGACAGCCUACUUUCAUUUCUUGACUACAGUAGAAGCUUCCAGGAAAUCAAGGACCUCAUAAAGUAUUUAUCUGGAAGAUCAGUGGCACCACCUGUAAGAAAUGAAGAUGACAACUUGGUUGGCUUUGGGAUUAAUGCAGACAAGACUUGGUGGGAUAUUUGGGAGAGCAGAGCAGAUGGAUAUGCUGCAUUCAUCCUCCAAAAACAGUGUGUUCCAGGCAGCAAAAUGUAUCGGCUGCAGCAAUACCUCACUCAGAAAAAGAGACAGCUUCAGAGUGUUUCAGAGGAACUUGCUUCCUCUGGCCUUGCAGCAUCUGCCUCUCAUCCUCUAGAAAUGGAGGAUGAUGAAGAAUUGGAGAGAAUGAUGCUUUCUAUAUCCCCAUCAAAACUCCAAGGCCAACUGAAAGUGGAGGAGGGUGAAGAAUUGGGUAGGAUGAUGCUACCCGCAUAUUCAUCUAAAAUUCCAGGCCAGCUGAGUUCAGAAGUUGUUGGAGUCCCAGUGGUCAAAGGUCUUAUUCUACUGCAUACAAGGGAUGAUUCUGACAUGAAUCAGGAUUAUCUGUUCUGCAUUGAUUUGUUGCUGUUUGUUGUUUAGGCCAUGUUCAGGCCUGUUCUUA